UUUUCUCUUGAACUAAUCAAUGUAUUACAUUGAUAUUUCAGUGGAAUCGUCCCUGGGAGGCUGAAAUAUGUUGAGAUCAACCUGACCAACCACCACAACGUACUUAUACAUAUAGCAUAGCUGCGCAUCAAAUGAUCAACAUUUAGUGGAAUCGUCCCUGGGAGGCUGAAAUAUGUUGAGAUCAACCUGACCAACCACCACAACGUACUUAUACAUAUAGCAUAGCUGCGCAUCAAAUGAUCAACAUUUAGGAUGCCUAAGAAAGGUCAACCUGAUAGCUACUGGGAGGGUGUGAUGAAGCAGUAUGCUGCUGGUAAAUUUAAAUUUUCCACUGGCAAGAAGCCUGGUAGCCGUAAAUGGAAAGACACCAUCAGAAAGAUUGAUGAAUGUCCACGUCACCUUAAGAUGCAGACAGUGGAUCUGUUAGGACGGCGGAUUUUAUGUAAAUGUGGUUACCAUAAGAAAAAUGUUGCAGAAGACCUACAUUUCUUGGAGAAAAGGUAUUGGAUUCUGCAUCAAUUCACGUAUCCGAACCAACUAGUCAAACUGUGUCAGGAAGCAACACAUCAUCAUCGACACUUCUAGAUCUUCCUGCAACAUCAUCAUCGACACUUCUAGAUCUUCCUGCAACAUCAUCAUCAACACUUCUAGAUCUUCCUGCAACAUCAUCAUCGACACUUCUAGAUCUUCCUGCAACAUCAUCAUCGACACUUCUAGAUCUUCCUGCAACAUCAUCAUUGACACUUCUAGAUCUUCCUGCAACAUCAUCAUCGACACUUCUAGAUCUUCCUGCAACAUCAUCAUUGACACUUCUAGAUCUUCCUGCAACAUCAUCAUCGACACUUCUAGAUCUUCCGGAAACAUCAUCAUCGACACCUCUAGAUCUUCCGGAAACAUCAUCACAACCCGUUGAUGAAUCCAUUGAGUGUGGACUCUGCAAGGCAACUGUUGCUAUUUUGGAUUUUGAGGAACAUCUUCUUCAAAAGCAUGUGGAAAGUGUCCCUCAGCAAACAGCAACACCACCUACCACAUCUUUCACACAGCUAACCAGGUCUGUUGGGAUAGCCACACAGCCAACCAGGUCUGU